AUGGCAAAUGAAGGAGAUAGUAUUAUGGAUAUAACACAGGCUCAUAAUAUUGACCUUGAAUGUGCAUGCGAAGGGUCACUUGCAUGUUCUACUUGUCAUGUAAUAGUUGAACCUAAAUAUUAUAAAAAAUUAGAAGAACCAUCAGAUGAAGAGAAUGAUAUGUUAGAUUUAGCAUUUGGAUUAACUGAAACGUGA